AUGGCCGAUCAAGAAGUGGAUUUGGACUCAAUCAUCGACCGGCUCUUGGAGGUGAGGGGUAGCCGCCCUGGCAAGCAGGUUCAGUUGCUCGAGUCUGAGAUUCGUUUCCUCUGCACCAAGGCCCGUGAGAUUUUCAUCUCUCAGCCUAUUCUCCUCGAGCUGGAAGCUCCCAUCAAGGCUAACUAUCUUUUCCUCGGUGACUACGUCGACCGUGGCAAGCAGUCUCUCGAGACCAUUUGCCUUCUCCUUGCCUACAAGAUCAAGUACCCCGAGAACUUCUUUAUUCUGCGUGGAAACCACGAGUGUGCCUCAAUCAACCGUAUCUACGGCUUCUACGAUGAGUGCAAGCGCCGAUACAACAUCAAGCUCUGGAAGACUUUCACCGACUGCUUCAACUGCCUUCCCAUUGCUGCCAUCAUUGACGAGAAGAUCUUCACCAUGCACGGUGGACUGAGUCCCGAUCUCAACUCUAUGGAGCAGAUUCGCCGUGUCAUGCGCCCCACAGAUAUUCCUGACUGUGGCCUCCUCUGCGAUCUUUUGUGGUCCGACCCCGAUAAGGACAUCACCGGCUGGAGCGAGAACGACCGAGGUGUCUCAUUCACAUUCGGCCCCGACGUUGUUUCACGCUUCCUUCAAAAACACGAUAUGGAUCUGAUCUGCCGUGCACACCAAGUCGUUGAGGACGGAUACGAAUUCUUCUCCAAGCGCCAGUUGGUUACACUAUUCAGUGCACCCAACUACUGUGGUGAAUUCGAUAAUGCCGGUGCUAUGAUGAGCGUGGACGAGAGUCUGCUCUGCUCCUUCCAGAUCCUGAAACCAGCCGAGAAAAAGCAAAAGUACGUUUACGGUGGCAUGAGCGCCGGCGGUCCCGUCACUCCGCGAAAGCAAAAGAAGAAAUAAAGAAUCAAUACGAGCUUCCCCAUUGCAGCAGGUUCGGGCGGAGAUAAGCCUUCACAAAUCUCAUUUACAGCGCCCUCAUGACAUCCUCCCUACAACCCCCGC